CACACCUCCAAACCCCCGCGGGGGGACAAACACUCACCGUUCAUAAAUACCUGAAUGAGCAGUCCCACAGAGCGACAACUCACGGAGUGAAGGACGCAUCACUGGUUAAUCCAGUUGCCUAAUUAGACUCAAAUACCUGCUGAGGGAGUUUAAUAUGAAUUCAAAAGUUGAUGGACCACGCAGAGGACGAUCCUUCGAUUCUAUGAACAUGUGUUUUGAAGAGAAGCAUCUGAACAAUGAGAUGAACAAAUCUGUGUUCAGCAAGAUUGAGGAGAAUAAAGACAACAAGAACUCGUCCUCAGAGAGGAGUCGCGCAGAAAUCAUAUUCUCCCUGAAUAAUGAAGUCGGCGGACUUCUGAAGACACUCAAACUUUUUCAGGAGAAUCACGUCAACCUUGUUCACAUUGAGUCCAGGAAAUCAAAGCGGCGUAACUCGGAGUUUGAGAUCUUUGUGGACUGUGACAGUGAGCAGGAGCAGCUUAAUGAAAUCAUCCAGCUGUUACAGAAGCGUGUGAAGGUCAUCAACAUGAACGUUCCUGGCAACUCCUGUCUGCCUGAGGAAGAUUUGGUUGAUGUGCCAUGGUUCCCCAAGAAGAUCUCCGACUUGGACAAGAGCGCCAAUCGCGUCCUGAUGUACGGUUCGGACCUUGAUGCUGACCACCCGGGCUUCAAGGAUAACGUCUAUCGCAAGAGGAGAAAGUACUUUGCUGACUUGGCCUUAGGUUACAAACAUGGGGACCCCAUACCUCGCAUCGAAUUCACGGAGGAGGAGGUGAAGACGUGGGGAGUGGUGUACAGGGAGCUUAGCAAUCUGUACCCCACCCACGCCUGCCGGGAGUACCUGAAGAACCUGCCCCUGCUGGCCACAUACUGCGACUGCAGGGAGGAUAACAUCCCGCAGCUGGAGGACGUGUCGCGCUUCCUCAAAGAGCGCACAGGCUUCACCAUCCGACCCGUGGCCGGCUACCUGUCCCCCCGAGACUUCCUGGCGGGCCUGGCUUUCCGAGUCUUCCACUGCACGCAGUAUGUGCGCCACAGCUCUGACCCGCUGUACACCCCAGAGCCAGACACAUGUCAUGAGCUGCUGGGUCAUGUGCCCCUACUGGCAGAGCCCAGCUUCGCCCAGUUCUCCCAGGAGAUCGGGUUGGCCUCGCUGGGAGCCUCUGACGACUCGGUCCAGAAGCUGGCCACAUGCUAUUUCUUCACGGUGGAGUUUGGCCUGUGCAAGCAGGAGGGGAAGCUCAGAGCCUAUGGGGCCGGACUGCUGUCCUCCAUUAGUGAGCUGAAGCACGCCCUCUCUGGGAAUGCCAGGAUUAUGCCAUUUGACCCAAAGACUACCUGCAAGCAGGAGUGCAUCAUCACUACCUUCCAAGAUGUAUACUUCAUGUCAGACAGUUUUGAGGAAGCAAAAGUCAAAAUGAGGGAGUUCGCUAAGACCAUCAAGAGGCCUUUCACUGUGCACUACAACCCCUACACCCAAAGUGUGGACGUGCUGAAGGACACGCCCAGCAUUCUCAGCAUAGUGGAGGAGUUGCGGCACGAGCUCGACAUCGUGGGCGACGCACUCAGCCGACUCAACGGGCAGCUUGGGGUCUGAUAUCCGGCUGGAUCCCCAGGAGUUGAUCCCAGCCAUCCUUUCAGUCAAAGGCUCCCACAUGCAGACAUCGUGCUCCUUUCCAAACCCAACCCUUCAAUCCAGAACAACCAAAGAUUCAGCAAAUGAGAUAGAAGCCUCCAAGAAAUCUUUCACCGUUUAACUUGCGUUAAGAUUAGCAACCUAGGGGAGAAUCAAAUGUAGUAUCUUUUAUCCUGUAAGCAACUGGUAAAUGCAUUACUUUUUUGUAUACAGUUCCUACAUUUGUUGUCUCAGAUCAAAUUAGUAGUCCCCAGCUUGUCCAUCUCUGAAGCAUGCUCAGACAAUCUGUAAAACAUUUCACACUAUACAUGUCAUAUGUUCAAGGUCUGUAGUAACUAACAGUGUUAAAGUAUUGAUU